UUGGUCUUACAGUCUUGGCAAAAUGUUUCUUAAGUUUACUGGACUCUGUGCCUUUUUGGCAAUUAUUUCCUCGUCUGCGGCCUAUAAAAUAACACCGAAUGUUAUCGAUGGAGUUCCAGGGUUCCUAAAUAUAACUACUGCUCCAUUUGUAAAGAUCGGAUCAGGCUAUUACGUAUUUAAAAGUGAAAAAGUUAAUUGGUAUGCAGCCUUCGAAUCUUGCCGACAAAUGGAUGCUGAAUUAAUAGCGUUUGAAAAUUUGGAGGAGUUAGAGUUGAUAUCCCAGUAUGUUACGGAAUCCAAUUUAUUUCCAAGAUAUUGGACCUCGGGCACAGACUUGGCGGAGGAGGAUAAACAUACUUGGUUUUCGAACGGGCAACCCGUGUCCUCUACUCUUUGGCUUCCGGGAGAGCCAAAUAAACAAGAUGAUGUAGAGCACUGCGAUGAAUUUAACAUCAAAAAUGGAGGAGGGGGAUUAAAUGACAGAUUCUGUAUCAGACUUAAUGGAUAUAUUUGCGAGGCACACCAGCCAAAGACAGCUUCCUUUAUAAUCUGGUAGAAUAUUUGUGUUUAAUAAAAACAAUAGUAGGGCAAGGGAGUUCCGAUAUAUAAAUCUAUAAAUUAUAUUAACAGGCUAACAAAAUUGUAAAAAUAAAGAAUGAGUUCGAGUAA